GUCUGGAAAAGGCUACCCAGGAACCUGCGCACCAGCAAAAUGGCGCGGUCCGGGAAUAAGGCAGCUGUUGUGCUGUGUAUGGAUGUAGGUUUUGCCAUGAGUAACUCCUUUCCUGGCGAGGAAUCUCCAUUUGAACAAGCAAAGAAGGUGAUGACUGUGUUUGUUCAGCGACAGGUGUUUGCUGAGAGCAAGGAUGAGAUUGCUUUAGUCCUGUUUGGUACAGACAGCACUAAGAAUGCCCUUGCUCAGGAGGAUCAGUAUCAGAACAUUACCGUGCACAGACACCUGAUGCUACCAGAUUUUGAUUUGCUGGAAGACAUUGAAAGCAAAAUCCAACCAGCUUCUCAACAAGCUGACUUCCUGGAUGCACUCAUUGUGUGUAUGGAUGUGCUUCAACGUGAAACUGUAGGAAAGAAGUUUGACAAGAGGCAUAUUGAAGUGUUUACUGAUCUCAGCAGCCCAUUCAGCAAAGAUCAGCUGGAUAUUAUAAUUCAUAACUUGAAGAAAUCUGGCAUCUCCCUGCAGUUCUUUUUGCCUUUCCCAAUUGUUAAGGAAGAUGGAACUGGGGACAGAGGUGAUGGCAGCUUGUGCUUGGAUCACCAUGGACCCUCCUUUCCUCAAAAAGGAAUUACUGAGCAGCAAAAAGAAGGUAUUAAGAUGGUGAAAAAGGUGAUGAUGUCUUUAGAAGGUGAAGAUGGGCUGGAUGAAAUUUAUUCCUUCAGUGAGAGUCUGAGACAACUGUGUGUCUUUAAGAAAAUUGAGAGGUGUUCUAUGCCCUGGCACUGCCAACUGACCAUUGGCUCCAAUUUGUCUAUAAAGAUUGUGGCCUAUAAAUCGAUUCAACAGGAGAAGGUUAAAAAGUCUUGGACAGUUGUGGAUGCAAGAACCCUAAAAAGAGAAGAUAUACGAAAAGAAACAGUUUAUUGCUUAAAUGAUGAUGAUGAAACUGAAGUUUCAAAAGAGGAUACUAUUCAAGGGUUCCGCUAUGGAAGUGAUAUCAUUCCUUUCUCUAAAGUGGAUGAAGAACAAAUGAAAUAUAAAUCGGAUGGGAAGUGCUUCUCUGUUUUGGGAUUUUGUAGAUCUUCUCAGGUCCAGAGAAAAUUCUUUAUGGGAAAUCAAGUUCUAAAGGUCUUUGCAGCAAGAGAUGAUGAGGCAGCCGCCAUCGCGCUUUCCUCCCUGAUUCACGCAUUAGAAGAAUUAGACAUGGUGGCCAUAGUUCGAUAUGCUUAUGACAAAAGAGCUAACCCUCAAGUUGGCGUGGCUUUUCCUUAUAUCAAGGACGCUUAUGAGUGUUUAGUAUAUGUACAGCUGCCUUUCAUGGAAGACUUGCGGCAAUACAUAUUUUCAUCCUUGAAAAAUAAUAGGAAGCACACUCCCACAGAGGUGCAAUUGAGUGCUGUUGACGCUUUGAUCGACUCCAUGAGCUUGGUAAAGAAAGAUGAGGAGGAAGACACCACUGAAGACUUGUUUUCAACUGCCAAAAUCCCAAAUCCCCAAUAUCAGAGACUAUUUCAGUGUCUGCUACACAGAGCUUUACAUCCUCAUCAGCCUCUGCCCCCAAUUCAGCAGCACAUUUUGAAUAUGCUGGAUCCCCCCGGUGAGGUGACAGCGAGAUGUCAGAUUUCUCUCUCUAAAAUAAAGUCCCUUUUUCCUCUGACUGAAGCCAUCAAGCAAAAGGAUCAAAUAACUGCUCAGGACAUUUUCCAGGACAACAAUGAAGAGGGACCCACUGCUAAAAAAUUCAAGACUGAAGAAAGGGAAGCCCAUUUCAGCAUCUCCAGCCUGGCUGAAGGCAGUGUCACGAGUGUUGGAAGUGUGAAUCCUGCUGAAAACUUCCGUGUUCUUGUGAGACAGAAGAACGUCAGCUUUGAGGAAGUGAGUCGCCAGCUAAUAAGUCACAUUGAACAGUUUUUGGAUACUAACGAAACACCAUAUUUUAUGAAGAGCAUGGACUGCAUCAAAGCCUUCCGGGAAGAAGCCAUUCAGUUUUCAGAAGAGCAGCGCUUUAACAGUUUCCUGAAAGGCCUUCAAGAGAAAGUAGAAAUUAAACAAUUAAGACAUUUUUGGGAAAUUGUCGUUCAGGAUGGAGUUACUCUGAUCUCCAAAGAGGAAGCCUCUGGAAGCUCUGUCACAGCUGAGGAAGCCAAAAAGUUUCUGGCCCCCAAAGAAACACCAAAUGAAGAUGCAGCAGCCAGAUUUGAAGAAGGUGGUGAUGUGGAUGAUUUACUGGACAUGAUAUAGUUCGUGGACGUGUGGGGAAUCUAAGAGUUGCCAUCGCUGUGGUGCUGGGAGUUCUAACAGAACAACCUGGAGGAGGCCAUUCAAGGGGAACCAGACCUCUGGAGAUAGUGCCAGCAGGUUACUCGGAAGUGAAUUACCAAUUCUCUGUGGAAUGAAUACCUACACAUAUAUAUUGUAAGGGAUAACUUAGACCCCAUAUAGGUUUAUAAAGAGUCAUUGUUAUUUU